AUAAAAUAUGGUCAAACACCUUCAAUCACCGAAAUAAUUAUUUGGGGGAAAAAACAAAACAAAAAAAAAAAAAAACAAAAAAAAAAAGGGAAGAAGAAGAAGAAGAACACGCUCAAAGUUCGGGGCCAAUUCUCAGCCUUGAAUUCGUCCUCCUUAUAGAUGGGAAAGCACUUUUGGAAAUAGGUUUUUAGGUUUUGGAUUGAAGAUCGUGUAAUUUGUCAUCUGGGUUUUGCUGAAGAAUCAAAGGCUUCGAUGAGGAUUCUGUUUUGGUGAGUUCGUGGGUUGAAUGAUGUUGCCCAAUCAAAGUUAUUCUCGCAUCGACACUCUAGAGCUGAAAGCUCUGAUUAUCCAAAAGAUUGGGCAUCAAAGAGCUGAGAAAUACUUUGAUCAGCUCCAAAGAUUGUUUAGUUUUAAGAUCAGUAAGUGUGAAUUCAAUAAGUUUUGCUGUCGGACUCUUGGGAGGGAAAAUAUCCCUCUUCAUAACCAGCUUAUUAGAUCAAUUGUCAAGAAUGCGUGCGUUGCUAAAGUUCCACCAGUGAAAGCUAGUAAAAAACUUGGGAAUACCCCUAAUGUUAAAGUCACAAAUGGGUACCAGAGGAAUUGUCUUCAAUCUCUCUAUGGGGAUGUGUUUCCUCCAUCCCCUCGCAAGGGUAGGUCUCCUGUUAACCGGGAUCGUAAAUUUCGAGAUCGACCCAGCCCUCUGGGUCCACUCGGAAAACCCCAGAGUGUUACAUGCGAGGAACUGGUUUCCAAGGCACAAGAGCAGCAAAGUGCAACUGAAUUACUUUCUCUUGGUAGCAGACCUCCAGUUGAAGUUGCAUCUGUAGAAGAUGGGGAAGAGGUUGAACAAAUUGCAGGGAGUCCUGGUGUUCAAAGUAGAAGCCCAGUUACAGCUCCUCUGGGUAUAUCUAUGAAUUUAGGCGGAGCUCGUAAAGCUUUGUCUAAUGUAUCUAUAUCUGGUAAUUACCACCCAGAGACCUGUCAAAACUGUGGUGAACUACCUGAUACAAGAUCAUUAAGAAGUCGUUUACAGCGGAAGUUGGAGAUUGAAGGCUUUAAUAUAUCUGUUGACUGUGUCAACCUGUUAAAUAAUGGGUUGGAUGUAUAUUUGAAGAGAUUACUUGAACCAUGUAUGCGAUUAGCUGCAUCAAGAUGUGGAAAUGAGCAUUUAAUUGAAUUAAAUGCUCAAUGCAAUCCUGGUUUAAAUGGGAUGCUACCUGGAAGAUAUAUGGAAAGAGCCAAAAAAUCUACUUAUGCAUCCUUGUUAGAUUUUCAUGCUGCAAUGGAGUUGAAUCCCUGCAUACUUGGAGAAGAUUGGGCCAUACAGCUUGAGAAGAUUAUGUUGCGUUCGUCUGAAGAGUGAACGAAUUCUUAUAGAACAUGGAUCAGGAACUCAGCAGUUGAUCAUGAGACAUGAGUAUACAUUUACAAUUAGUCAAUGGAUUCAGUAUUUUGAACCAGUUUCUUAACCUUACAUGAAUUUUGGUCUCUGCCUGUUACAGUGUUACAAUUGUUACCAUAGGAAAUAAGUAGUGGAUUCCAUGUAAGUUUUAGAUCAAAUUGAUUAGGUGGCAUCUAGAUAUAGGCUUCAUAUUUGUUGUGGAGGGUUCAUGUGUAUACAACUAUUUGUAACUUCAUGAUGCAAUCAAGAAGCUCACUGUUUAAAGAGUUUAACAUCAUUCUUGAAUUAA